AUGAGUGAUUUAGUCAUCGGCGUCGACGUCGGCACGGGAAGCGCACGAGCGGGCGUCUUCGACCUCGCAGGAAAGCGCCUAGGCAGCGCGACGCGGAACAUCAAGACCUGGACGUAUAACGGAGGUGACUUUGUCGAGCAGUCCUCGGAAAAUAUUUGGAGGAGCUGUUCGGAAGCCGUCAAGGAAGCUUUGGGGGAUAUCGCUAAAGAUAGAGUCGUCGGCAUCAGUUUUGAUGCAACGUGUUCGUUGGUCGUGUUAGAUAGCUCUGGGGAACCUCUAUCCGUCUCCGACGAACAAGACUCGGCAAAUGAGAGGAAUAUCAUCGUGUGGAUGGACCACCGCUCGGAACAGGAAGCGAGAGCUGUCAAUGAAAAAGGCCACUCGGCAUUAAACACUGUGGGCGGUGUCAUCAGCCCAGAGAUGGAGAUCCCCAAGAUCAUGUGGCUUUCCAAACACAAGCCCGCAUGUGCACGGGGGAAAUUAUUUGAUUUAGCUGAUUACCUGACGUGGAGGGCUUCUGGCGUUAAUGUGAGAUCUUUAUGUACGUUAGUCUGCAAGUGGAACCUCGACGCGGAUAGUAACGGUGCGCGGUGGAACGACGACUUUUUGGCGAGUGUGGGGUUGUCAUCCUUACGAGCGCAGUGCGACAUCGGUGGUGAGUUCAAGGCGCCCGGUUCCGAGUUAGGAACGCUAACUCAAAAAGCAUCUUCAGACUUGGGACUCAGUACGACAGUCAAGGUGGGCGUCGGCAUUAUUGAUGCGCACGCGGGCGGAAUCGGGUGCGUCGGGGCGUCACAACACCCCAUGGAAGGUAGAUUGGCACUGAUAGCCGGGACGUCGGCCUGCCACAUGUGCUCGACCGAACAGCCGUGCUUCGCUAAGGGUGUGUGGGGCCCCUACUGGGGGGCCAUGGUCCCCGGCUACUACCUGAACGAAGGCGGCAUCUCGGCCGCGGGUCAAUUGUUAGACUUCUUAGUGCAGAAUCAUGCGGCAUAUGCUCAAAUACCGGCGGACCAGAACGACUACGCUUACCUAAAUAACCACUUGGCGACGAUGGGUCCCUCCGUGGCUUUGCUCGCGCGGCACGUCCACGUCGACCCCGACUUUCGAGGGAAUAGAGCGCCUCUGGCCGAUCCGUCUAGACUAGGUUCUGUGGUGGGGUUGUCCUGCGACAACUCGAUGGACGCUCUGGCUGUUUUGUAUUUAGCAGCAGUACAAUCAAUAGCCUACCAGACGCGACAUAUCGUCGACCAACUCGUCGAUUCAGGGAGAGCGCCGAUCACGGAGGUGUUGAUUACAGGAGGAUUAGCGAAGAAUCCGGUCUUCGUCCAGACUGUUGCUGAUGCUCUACAUGUGAAUGUAGUACUGCCCGAGGAAGAGGAGGCCGUGAUGUUGGGGGCGGCCGUGCUGGGCGCGACGGGCGCCGGCAAAUUUAAAGAUGUGGAGACGGCGAUGGCGGCGAUGACGCGGCCCGGCUCUACCAUCAAACCGGACGCGUCUCUAGCAGCCUUCCACGACGCGAAGUACGCGUGUUAUCGGAAGCUGUCGGCGGCGCAGAGUGAGUUGAGGGGGCUGAUGGGGGCGGUGUAAGGCUGCGUUUUGAUCGCGUGGUCGCGUAGAGCGUUCGCGUGUUUUUUGUGCGUUGAAAAAAUCGGGUUUUGCAAGCCGAUCAAGCCGCCGCGCAAAGCCCAAUAGCUCGCCGCAAAACGCAAGAUGAUCCUCACAAACUGCGCCGCCUGCGCCGCCCCACUGGCCCACAACGCGCCGCGUUGCGUUAGAUGUUGGACCCGCUACUGUGAUUCCACUUGCCAGCAUGGCGCAUCGGAAAGCAGCAUUCUCGUCGUGCAGACCAAUCUCGCGGGCACCUAUAGAUCACUUGGGAGACUUGAAGACUGCAUACGUACGCAGGGAGACGUAUACUCUGGAACAUUGAAGCUAUAUGGCGAGGAAAGUAGAGAAACCCUAGGAGACGCCUGCAACUACGCGAAUGCCCUUUGCGGUCUAAAGCGCUACGCAGAAGCCAGGUCACUGUUGCGCAAAACGAUUCCCGUGGCGCGACGUGUUCUUGGCGAGAAUCAUGAUCUCACGCUCAGGAUGCGGUGGAUUUACGCGAUGGCGCUCUACGAGGACUCCGCCGCCUCACUCGACGAUCUACACGAGGCCGUGACGACGCUCGAGGAGACGGAGCGGACCGCGCGGCGCGUGAUGGGUGGCACGCACCCGCUCACAAUGGGGAUUGAAGGGGCUCUGCGAGAGGCGUGGGCAUUGCUCCGCGCCCACGAAACGCCGCCCGCCGGGGAUAAAUAAUCAACGAUCAAUAUUACACAUAGC